GCGACGGAUUUGCGGGUGACGCGUGCAGGCUGCGCGGGCGCCGAGCCCGCCGGGAUUGUUACUGUAUAGAUAGGUGAGCAAAUGCCCGCGCAGGCGUCGCCGUCGCCUCCGCUGACGCCUGACGUUGCGCAUGCGCCGCCAGCAUCGCCACCUCACCCUUGCCGCGGCCAAGUCCCACGCGGCCCUCCUCAAGUCCGGCAUCUCCUUCCCCACGCCCUGGAACCAGCUCCUCACCGCGUACUCCGGCUCCGGCUCCGGCUCCGGCCUGGCCACCACGCGCCGGGUGUUCGACGAGAUCCCCCUCCCAGACGCGGUCUCCUGGAACUCCCUCCUCGCCGCGCACGUCUCCGCUGGCGCGCACCCGGACGCAUGGCGCCUGCUCCGGGCCAUGCACGCGCGGGGCCUCGCAGCCAGCACCUUCGCCCUCGGCUCCGCGCUCCGCUCCGCCGCCGCCGCGCGCCGCCCCGCGCUCGGCGCCCAGCUGCAGUCGUUUGCCGUCAAGUCUGGCCUCGCCGACAGCGUCAUCCCCGCUAGCGCGUUGGUCGACAUGUACGCGAAAUGUCGCUGCUUGAGCGAUGCUCGCCGCGUGUUCGAUGGAAUGCCGCAGCGGAAUACUGUCUCUUGGAACGCACUCAUUGCUGGGUACUCGGAGUCUGGGAAUCUUGCACAAGCAAUGGCGCUGUUUGCUGAGAUGGAGAGGGAGGGGCUGGCCCCAGAUGAAGCGACAUUCGCCACGUUGCUCGUUGUAGUCGAAGGUCCGAGCUGGUGUUUCUUAAUGCAAGAGUUGCACGGGAAGAUUAUGAAGUAUGGAUCAGCGUUGGGUUUGGUUGUGUCGAAUGCAGCAAUCACUGCAUAUUCGCAGUGUGGGGCCCUUGCAGACUCAAGAAGGAUAUUUGAUGGAAUUGAGAGUAAGGAUUUGAUAUCAUGGAAUUCUAUGCUUGGAGCCUAUGCUUACCAUGGGAUGGAUGAAGAGGCAAUGAGAUUCUUUGUCAGGAUGAUGCAAGAGAGUGGAGUCCGGCCUGACAUGUAUAGCUUCACAAGUAUCAUAAGUGUGUGUUCAGAGCACGGGCGUGAUGAUCACCGAGGGAGGGGAAUACAUGGAUUGGUGAUGAAGAUUGGGUUGGAAGCAGUCACACAUGUUUGCAAUGCUCUUAUUGCCAUGUACACUAGGUUCACUGAGAACUGUAUGAUGGAAGAUGCAUGUAAGUGCUUUAAUCCAUUGGCGCUUAAGGACACAGUCUCCUGGAACUCUAUGUUAACUGGAUAUUCACAACAUGGUUUGAGUGCUGAUGCUUUGAGAUUCUUCAGAUGCAUGCGGUCAGAGAAUAUUAGAACAGAUGAGUUUGCAUUCUCUGCUGCUCUGCGAUCCUGCUCAGACCUUGCUGUGCUUCAGCUAGGUAGACAAAUACACAGUUUAGUCAUCCAAUCUGGUUUUGCUUCUAAUGACUUCGUUUCAGGCUCACUGAUCUUCAUGUAUUCUAAGAGUGGAAUGCUUGGCGAUGCAAGAAAGUCUUUUGAAGAGGCAGAUAAGAGUAGUUCAGUGCCCUGGAACUCUAUGAUGUUUGGCUAUGCACAACAUGGACAGGCACAGUUUGUGACCAACCUCUUCAAUGAAAUGCUGCAACUUAGGGUUCCUUUGGAUCAUGUUACCUUCGUUGGCCUGAUUACCGCCUACAGCCAUGCCGGUCUUGUCGAUGAAGGGUCAGAAAUUAUCAAUACGAUGGAAACUAUGUAUGGAAUUCCUCUUCGAAUGGAGCACUAUGCAUGUGGUGUUGACCUCUAUGGGAGGGCUGGGCAGCUUGACAAAGCAAAAGAGCUUAUUGACUCUAUGCCAUUUCAACCAGAUGCCAUGGUUUGGAUGACACUUUUAGGUGCUUGCAAAAUCCAUGGGAAUAUGGAACUAGCAAGCGAUGUGGCAAGCUAUUUGCUUGUGGAAGAUCCUCGACAGCACUCCACCUAUGUUCUUCUCUCCAGCAUGUUUUCUGGUCUUGGUAUGUGGGGUGACAGGGCAACAGUUCAGAAGGUAAUGAAGAAUAGGGGAAUAAGCAAAGUUCCUGGAUGGAGCUGGAUUGAGGUGAAAAAUGAGGUGCAUUCUUUCAAUGCAGAGGAUAGGUCGCACCCAAGCAUGGAUGAAAUAUAUGAGAUGUUAAGAAUGUUGCUUCAAGUGGCGCAGAGGCUUUGUUCUUCUGAAGAUGAAGAGAUUCUCGUGACAACACCCAGUGAUACAUGACCUGCAACUUUUUGGUGUGUACGUUUCAUUCUUAUACAAACGUUACCCUAGCGUUAUCGAUUGUUUCUCUUGGAACUUGGCAUUGGGUAGUAAAGCUAUGAAAUUUGAUUUUGA